AUGUACAGCUGCUCGCGAGAUACUACCGUCAGGCAGUGGAAUCGAUCUGGGAUCUCGGCGCUUCGGGUAUUUGAAGGCCACGACCUUGCCUGUACGGCGAUAGCGCUCAGCGAGGACGAGAAAACCCUCUACUCCGGAUCUCGGGACACCAGCAUACGUGCAUGGGACGUCCAAACGGGACAGUGCACCUCCUCGGCAAAGGUGCCACGCAACCUGGUCACUUGCCUCAAGUGCCUCUCGGGGGGGCCGUCUUCUUCCGUAGUGCAAGGAGGGGAAGACUUGAAGCUCAGGGUGUGGGACACUCGGGAGGGGGGGCUGAGGUCUUCGAUGACCGUCGACGGUUACACCUUUUUCCCGCUUUUCCUCGACGUUUCGAGUGACGGUCAUCAGGUGCUCACGUCUUGCAAGGGCUUUAACGGCGCUGGGUGUGAAACGAAGCUAUGGGACCUGCGGAGCCCGGGAAUUCCCGUGAGGGAGUACACCGGGCACACUCAGGACACCACCGCCUGCGUGUUUGUAACUUCGAAGGAAGGGGGAGAUGGCGGAAGUGGGGCACGAGAGGGCGGCUAUGGUUUGUCGCCCGCCCCAUGGCCUUCACUGUCCGCUCCUUCCUCCCGCGGGAUGAUCGCUACGGCUUCGAAGGACGGGACUGUCAAGAUCUACGACCUUGCUGACGGAAGCAUUCUCGUAGAUCACGUAGAACCCGAGUGUGGCGGGUACACCGGCCUUGCCAUUCAGCGCGACUCGAGGACCGGGGGCCCCGUCUUUUACGCGUCGACCAUCACGGGGGGGUUGUACGCGUUACGGCUGGAAGAGAAAGUGGCAACGGCGGGGACGAGCCGAACGGGGCUGGGAGAGGGGGGGCUACGGUUACGUUGCGUUGGCUUUGUGCGUGGCAACCCCAUCUUGUGA